ACGGCGGUGUUUUGGGGUGUUGUAGCAUUUCCAUACAUCGUGCAUCAACUACCAACUUUGGUACAGAGCUCAGAACAGGCAUUGGAUUUUACUUAGUGCCGUCUUCUUUAUUAUACCUGGAUCGCUGCUGAACUCUCCUGCACAGACUGAAUCUGAGAAUGAAGCUUAUCAUUAUAACAUGUUGCCUUAUUGGAGCAGCUUUUGCUAACCCAAUUUUACACAACAUUUUGGUAUCAACUGAGUCUGAAUCAAACUCUACUGAAAGUUUGUCAGUUUUAGAAUCUUCUGAAAAUAACACAUCAGAGCUUCAGAGCUCUGAGGAAAACACCUCCAACCAGAGUUCAGAAUCUGAAUCAGUAGAAUCCACUUCAGAGGACAAGACGUCAGAGGAGAGCGACAGUCAAUCGAAUGAGAGUGACGGGAUGGACUCCAUGGCUGAAACCAAAGACAACAGCAUGGGCAGCGAGGAGAAUGUUCGAAAGCAGAGUUGGGUGAGAGUGUUCCCAAGUAUCACCGAAGGAGCGAGUGGUGAAGACAACAUGAGCACGGAGGUCACAGGUCACCCAGGUCUCCUGAACAAUGAGCUGAGCGGUAAACGGCCAACUCACACCAAGAAAGUUCAGAUCCACACCAAGCAACCUCUACUGGAAAAGUCCACCGACGGCAGCGACACCACCAGCGACAGCGCAGACGCCAGUGACAGCAGCGAUGUUUCAGCUGCUGCAAGCGACAGCACUGACAGCAGCAGCAGCAGUGAAAGCCAGGAGAGCCAGGAGACAAGCGACAGCAACGACAGCAGCACUGCCAGCAAGAGCACGGAAGACAGCAACGCCAGUGACAGCGCCGAGCUGGAACAAGUCAGGGCCAAAAACUGUGUGAAUAGUACGCAGAGCUGUGAAAGUGAGGAGUACUUCCUGCAGAGUAUAGGAGAUGAUGCUCAUUCACCGGGCGAGCACCUGCUGGUGCCGGACGAGGAUGACAGGGAACUGAGGCUCAGAAGAUGAUGAAAUGCAACCUCUGUGUUUGUCAUAUCAGAGUUUUAUUUAAUGACCAGCUUAAAGACUAACGAAUGUUCAACUCUGAACAUUGAUUCUGCUAUAAUGCGACCUGAUUCACUAAGUGUAAAAAACAACUUACUGUGAUAGUAUAACCUACACAUAUACUUUGCUUUGAUAACAUGUGAGAAAUAAUAUUAAUAUAACCAUUGUAUUCAGGACUGUUGUGCUGGCAAGUAGACCUGCACUCUAUUACACUUACACAGAGUCGAUGUAUCAGUACACGGGAUCUUGCAUUUAUUGAAAUAGAGAUCUUUUUUUGUUCAUUAGUCAAGAAAUUCAGAGAAGAUGCUACAAUGUUUUUGUCUAAUAAAUUCUUUAGGAACAUAC